CGUUGGCGUUGGCGUUGGCGUUGGCGUUGGGUUUUGAUAAUAAAGGCCCCCAACCUCUGUCUCCUCCUCCCGUCCUCCUCCGAACACUCCCCUCCGGCUCUUUCUUCAACCACACCAACCCCUCUCUCUCUCUCGACCAUCUCUCUUCUUGCUAUUCUCGCCGCCGGCGCAUCUUCGGCGAUAUCCUUACGGCACCGGAAUGCAAUCAAGCUCGGUGAAAGUAUCGCCGCUCGAUCUCGUAACCGCGAUUCUCAAGGGGAGUAGUGGCAGCAUGGACCACUCGGACGCCGACAAGACGUCUCCGUUGCGGGCUCUGGUAGAGAAUCCCGACCUGUUGGUGAUACUGACGACGGCGGUGGCGGUGCUGAUCGGGUUCCUUCUGGUGCUGGUGUGGCGGCGGUCAUCCUCUGCGAAGAAGGUAAAGGCGGUGUCGCCACCGACGCCGGUGAUUGUGAAGCCGGACCCCGAGGUGGAAGAAGACGACGGCAAGAAGAAGGUCACUAUCUUAUUUGGCACUCAGACCGGGACCGCCGAAGGUUUUGCUAAGGCACUUGCUGAGGAAGCAAAAGCGAGAUAUGAAAAGGCCAGCUUUAGAGCAGUAGAUUUGGAUGACUAUGCUGCGGAUGAUGAACAAUAUGAGGAAAAGUUGAAGAAAGAGAGUUAUGCGUUUUUCUUUUUAGCUACAUAUGGGGAUGGUGAGCCAACUGACAAUGCUGCAAGGUUCUAUAAAUGGUUUACAGAGGGUAACGAGAGAGGGGAAUGGCUUCAGAAUCUUACAUACGGAGUAUUUGGCCUCGGGAACAGGCAAUAUGAACAUUUCAACAAGAUAGCAAAGGUCGUGGAUGAGCAGCUUGCAGAGCAGGGUGGGAAGCAGCUUGUUCCUGUGGGUCUUGGAGAUGAUGAUCAGUGCAUUGAAGAUGACUUUGCUGCCUGGCGGGAGUUGGUGUGGCCCGAAUUGGAUCAAUUGCUCAGGGAUGAGGAUGGUGCAACUAUUGCAACUCCUUACACUGCUGCUGUGUUGGAAUAUCGUGUUGUUUUUCACGACCACAUAGAUGCAUCCCUAUUGGACGACAACUUAAUUAAGGCAAAUGGUCAUGCUGUUCAUGACGCUCAACAUCCAUGCAGGGCUAAUGUGGCUGCGAGAAAGGAGCUGCAUACUCCAGCCUCUGAUCGUUCUUGCACCCAUCUGGAAUUUGAUAUUUCUGGUACCGGACUUGUAUAUGAAACCGGUGACCAUGUCGGUGUAUAUUGUGAGAAUCUGAUUGAAACCGUUGAAGAAGGUGAAAGGUUAUUGGAUUUGUCACCAGAUACUUAUUUCUCCAUUCACACUGAUAAAGAGGAUGGCACGCCUCUUAGCGGCAGUUCUUUGCCACCUCCUUUUCCUCCCUGCACUCUAAGAACUGCACUGACUCGAUAUGCAGAUCUUCUGAGCUCUCCCAAGAAGUCCGCCUUACUUGCCCUGGCAGCGUCUGCUUCGGAUCCAAGCGAAGCUGAGCGAUUGAGACAUCUUGCAUCUCCUGGUGGCAAGGAUGAAUAUGCGCAGUGGGUAGUUGCAAGUCAGAGAAGCCUCCUUGAGGUCAUGGCAGAGUUCCCAUCGGCCAAGCCUUCACUUGGAGUUUUCUUUGCUGCAGUUGCACCACGACUGCAGCCUAGAUACUAUUCAAUUUCAUCCUCCCCGAGAAUGUUUCCAUCCAGAAUUCAUGUUACUUGUGCACUAGUUUAUGAGAAAACACCAACAGGACGGAUUCACAAAGGAGUGUGUUCAACUUGGAUGAAGAAUGCAGUGCCACUGGGGGAAAGCCAUGAUUGCUCCUGGGCACCCAUUUUUGUUCGGCAAUCUAACUUUAAACUUCCUACCGACACUAAAUUGCCUAUUAUCAUGAUUGGUCCUGGCACCGGAUUGGCUCCUUUUAGGGGUUUCCUACAGGAAAGAUUAGCUUUGCAAGAAUUUGGAACCAAGUUGGGGCCCGCUAUCUUAUUUUUUGGAUGCAGGAACAAGAAAAUGGAUUUCAUAUACAAGGAUGAACUAAACCAAUUUGUUGAAAGGGGUGUAAUUUCUGAGCUGAUCGUUGCUUUUUCACGCGAGGGACCCACUAAAGAAUAUGUUCAACAUAAGAUGACAGCGAGAGCUUCAGAUGUCUGGAAAACUAUCUCCGAAGGAGGGUAUAUUUAUGUUUGUGGUGAUGCCAAAGGCAUGGCCAGAGAUGUCCACCGAACACUCCACUCAAUUGUCCAAGAGCAGGGAUCCAUGGACAGCUCCAAGGCUGAGAGCAUGGUUAAGAACCUGCAAAUGAGCGGGCGGUACUUGCGUGAUGUGUGGUAAUUUUUCCAUGCUUCUCGAGCCUUCAAAAAUGGAGGGAGAGAAGUUGUAAAUCAUAUUGCCAGGCCAGCAUACAGGGAUUUUGAGGAAGCAUGGAGGUGAAGUAGAAAGUCCAUUCAUUUACCAUUGCCAUUCUUCAAUAGAAACACGUGCCUUUGUUAUGGUCACAGUUGUUGAUGUGAUUCAUUUUUAUGGUCUGGUCUCAAUGAUUUUUUGGUUCAUGUAUUUAUGAAAACAAGCACAUUAUGAGUGAUAGCAAUAAUUUGGAGUGCCAUUAAUGGAUCAUCUUUACUCUAGAAAA